AGGACGGACGCUUGCUUAAAUUGUGGAGAUUCACUUCUCUCAUUUCUCUUUGUCACCUUGCCUCCAUCUGUUUUUUUUUUUCUCUCCAGUGGACAGACGGACGCUCCUCAUCAUCACCUUCAUCACCUCCACCACCCUCCUCCUCCUCCAGCUGUGGGACUGUGUCGGACGGAUGAUGGGAUGAUAGAGACUAACAGAAAGUUGCAGUGUGUGUUUGUGUGUGUGUAUGUGUCGUCCUGUAGUGUGAUCAGAUUGGCUGAUUGAUCACCCAAAGUUAACAUCCCACUCAUGAAUUCUUUCCAUCAUCACCAUAGUGACCGGCGACCUUGGCGGCAGCGGCGGUUUCCACACAAUGUUUUGAGACUUUAAAGCUCAUAAGGCUUGUUACCGUAGCGACCAGGAUGCAGGUGUCCAUAGCAUGUAAUGUUGGCGGGGGCGGCAGUGGUGGCGGCGGGGCCAGCGAGCACCCGCUGAAGGAGCGGCGGGUUGCGAUGAACACCAGCAGCGCCCCCACCUGUCAGUCAAAGGUCAGGGCGGAGCCAGUCAACAGGACCACCCUGUUAGGCCACGCCCAUAUGAAGGAAGCCCUUGGUCGUCAUAGCAACAUGAAGUACAGGAAUCUUGGUAAAUCUGGGCUGAGAGUGUCGUGCUUAGGACUGGGAACAUGGGUGACGUUUGGCUCUCAGAUCUCUGAUGAGAUGGCGGAGAGUGUGAUGACAGUGGCGUACGACAGUGGAGUGAACUUGUUCGACACAGCAGAGGUUUACGCCUCAGGGAGGGCGGAGACGACUCUGGGGAACAUCCUGAAGAAGAAAGGCUGGAGGAGGUCCAGUUAUGUGGUGACCACUAAGAUCUACUGGGGAGGACAGGCAGAGACAGAGCGAGGGUUGUCACGGAAACACAUCAUUGAAGGUCUGCGUGGAUCUCUCUCCAGGUUACAGCUGGACUACGUGGACAUCGUCUUCGCCAACAGGAGUGACAUCAACGCACCCAUGGAGGAAGUUGUUCGUGCAAUGACCUUUGUGAUUGAUCAGGGUAUGGCCAUGUACUGGGGAACAUCCCGCUGGAACGCUGUGGAGAUCAUGGAGGCAUACUCUGUGGCCCGACAGUUUAACCUGGUUCCUCCGGUGUGUGAACAGGCAGAGUAUCAUUACUUCCAGAGAGACAAAGUGGAGCUGCACCUGCCUGAACUUUACCACAAGAUAGGUGUUGGAGCCAUGACCUGGUCCCCUUUAGCCUGCGGCCUGCUGACGGGCAAAUACAACGAGGGAGUCCCUGAAAGCUCCAGGGCCAACAUGAAGGGUUAUGCGUGGCUGAAGGAGCGUCUCUGCAGUGACGAGGGGAAGAAGCAGCUCAGUAAAAUCAAAGAUCUCCACCUGCUGGCCGACAGACUGAACUGCACUGCUGCUCAGCUCGCUAUAGCGUGGUGUCUCCGUAGUGAAGGUGUCAGCUCGGUUCUUCUCGGAGUUUCCAACACAGAGCAGCUGCUGGAGAAUCUCGGUUCUAUCAGGGUUCUGACUCAGCUGACUCCACCCCUCAUUGCUGAGAUGGAUGCGUUGCUGGGCAACAAGCCACGAAACAGCAAAAAGGAGGCGAAGAGUUGAGGAGGAGGAAAAAGAAACUUUGAACAAAUAAUCAGAAAACUGGGCAAACGAGAUGGAAGGAGAGAAGGACACAAAAAGGGACACAAAGAAGGACAUGUGGAUCAAUAAACAAUAUUUAUUCUUCA